UGAUUGACAGCUCCUGGGCUAAUAUAAAAAAAGGGAUGCUUCUUCCAUCGCUACUGGUGCACACUGCUCAGCCUUGACUGGAUCACCUGAACCAUGCACUGCCUCAGACUCAGCUCAGCACUGUUGCUGAUAGCAACAUGUUCCCUCAUCACAGCAGAGCGCGCAACCACCUGUGACAGCAGUGGGAACGUCCAUCUCCUAAACUGUGUGUCAGGCGUGAUCAGCGUGGAUGAGGGCUUGUACGGCCGCGCAGACCAAGAAAUCUGCAAAGAAGGCCGACCACCGGUGCAGCUCGCUAACACCGCGUGCUCUCAGACUGGCGCUGACGACGUCCUCAAGACAAGAUGUAAUGGCAAGAAAAGGUGUGAAAUCAACACGGAUGUUUUCCGUGCCAUUUCCGAUCCCUGCCAAAACAUCUUUAAAUAUGUGGAGUCCAACUUCACCUGCUUCCCAGCGAUCAGUAUCUUGGCAUGUGAGGACUCUUUGGCUCAUUUGUUUUGUGAUGUAGGACAAGUGAUAUUUGUCUACGGGGCCGACUAUGGACGCCGUGACCGGACCACGUGCUCCUACGAAAGACCUACCAAUCAGCUUCAAAACAUGGAAUGCAUAAGCCCGACUCCACUGGUGGCGAGCAGUUGCAACGGGCAAAACAGCUGCACCAUCAGAGCGAGCAACGGGGUGUUUGGAGACCCCUGUGUGGGCACCUACAAGUACCUGGAGGUUGCUUACACCUGUGAAUUUCCUGUGUUCGGACCCACAAAUGCCAAGUAAACAUGGAGAUUGCUUCCAUAGUUUGUUAUUGAUUUCAGUGCCCAACUAUAAAUGUUUUAUGUUGUUUCA